AUCGAUUUUUAUAACUCCUUUCAUUUGAUACGGACAGAGCACGAUAGUAAAAAGAAAUAUAUAUAUAAAAAAUAAGUCUAUAAUUAAUUGUUGUAUUGCACUUGUCUCUUUAUAUUUUUAUUCUCCCCUGCAUGCUCUUUAGUCGGAUAUUCAAGGAGACAGUUACCUUUUUUAGAGGGGAGUUGAUAAAAAAAAUUCUUUUAUCACAUAUAAAGAGUUUAAUUUUAUCUUUCUCUUCCCCAUAUUUCUCUCUCUCUCUCUCUCUCUCUCUUUCUUUUUUUUUUCUUUUUUUUUCUUAUAACCGUUUUUUCUCCAGCAUCAAUAUAUCAUGGAUAUCACCAAAAAGGACGAUUACGUUAGAUCCAAUCCAUUACAACGAUCAACAUUGACAGCAACUUAUCGUAAUAAAGAGACCAACUCCGCCUACUCCGAGCAAGAAGAGCCAGAGUUUGCCUUCCAGAACGGACUAGAUGGUAUUCAACAAGGUGAUGAUAUGAUGACACACCAUGCGACAACAAUUUCAUCUUCUAAUCCAAUUUGGGUACCUGCUGAUAAACACCCAAAAAUCUCACCGAGUGAAUUCGAACACUGGAUUAAAACUCAUUCAAAUGAAGGUAGCGCAAACACCAACACAACAACCGUUCAAAGAAAAAGCUCGGUCUUAUCUUCCGUGUCGUAUAACUCUUCUGAGGAGGAUAGUAGCGAUGACGACACAAUGCCCCCAACACCAACUAUCGAGCCAUUACCCACCAUUUUAAUCACAGAGCCUAGACAUUAUCAUGAUCAUGAUAUAGCUAUUAUGGAGGAGCAUUCCGAUAACGAUUCACUCCCUCAUCGCCAAGCCCAAGAUGCACGAGGAUCAGAACAGCAGGGGCGCGAUCUUACGGCAAUACCAACUGUUGAAGAAUCUCGGGCCAAAUCUCCAGAAAACAAUAUGCAUCACGUUGAAACACAGCAACUUACUACUCAGCAACCUUCUUCACGUCAAAAAGAUUCGCCAAUGCCGAUCGAUCUUCCUGUUAUAGUAAAUAAACCUAUUAUAGAUUCUCCCGACCAUAAAAGCAAUAAAAAAUCGUGGUUUACUGGAUUAUUGAACGACCUGAAAAAAUCCACAUCUUCGAAAACAAGUUCUUCCAAGACGAAUAAGAAAGCAAGCUUAGCCGCGUUUUUUUCAUCUAGCAAAUCCGCAAAUUCAUCAUCAACUACGCUGGUACAGAAAUUGUCCUCUUCUUCUAGCACCAAGUCCACCUCAGCCAAGUCGGCCAAGUCAAUAAAGUCAGCCAAAUCAUUCUCGAACACAAGUAAUACCAAGACCCUCCGGAAAAAGAAGAGAUUACCUACAUCCCUAGCCAGAAAGGUACCACAGGUGCCCUCGACACCAUUGAUUUUAAGAUACCCAUUAGAUACAGAACGCGCCAUAUACAGAUUAUCACACAUGAAAUUAAGCAAUGCCAGAAGGCCUUUGCAACACCAAGUAGUGAUUUCAAAUAUGAUGUAUUGGUAUUUAUCUGUCACAGACAAGCAGCAGCAACAACAGAAGCAACAACAGCAACAACAGCAGCAACAGCAGCAACAG